CGCAAUAAAAAAAACAAAUGAACUACCAGGAAAGCUCAUUAAAUGAUCAGCAAUUAGAAUUGUCGUUCCGGCUAAAGUGCAAUAUAAUUUCUACAACAACCUGUCAGUCCAAGAGGCACAUUCUUUGAAUACAUUCAUUUUUAACAAGAAUGUGUAAAAAUGCCACAAACCACUACUUCUAAUGCGGGUUCUCAAUCUUCACAUGAAACUCCCUCUUCUUCCUCUGGAAGGAGAGAAUCGCCAGCUAGUCUUCGAAGCAUCGCCGAAAGGGAAAAUCGGAGGCUUGCUAGACUUGCUAAUCAGCCCGCCGACGAAAUUCAAACAAUUGUAGAUGUGCCUUCUCAAAACAAUACCGCCAACGGUGAUAGUAACGAAAACGAACCGAUUAAUACUGAUGAUUAUUCCAGUCAGAUAUUGGCAGCCGCCGAAAUGAGAGCUCGAUCACACUCAAAUACCCGGCCAUGGGAAGUUAUAGAAGAACCAGAUGACUCACUCAUCAUUGAGGAUUUUGGUGCGAAUUCAUCGAAUAAUUGCAUUGAUUUAACGAAGACCGAAAAAUCCGGUAAACCAAAACGAAAAAGAGCAAAGACAACAAAUAAAAAGAAAGAAACGACUAAUGUUGGCGGCGACGCGUCAUCAAAGCCGCCUCAGGAAUCUCGAAAACUCGCUGACUAUACAUGUGCUAUUUGCUUAGACAGCCCAGAAAAUCUGGCGGCGACACCGUGUGGUCACAUUUUUUGCGAUUUUUGUAUUCGUAGUGCUCUUGGAAAAACACCAGCUACGCAAAAAUGUCCUGUGUGUCGUAGAAAAGUGCUUCCCAAAUCCAUCAUAUGUCUAGAAAUGAUGCUAGGAAAACCUAAAACAAAGACGGAUAACGGUGCUUCUGUCGAGCCUGAGAAGAAGCAACUUUGAUGUGUGGUAUUAUGCAAUAGACUUUCAUGACAAUCUUCAAUAGAGGUUUAUUUUGAAAACGGAUGCUUGUGUAAAUCUGAGUCCCAAAGGAAAAACCUACACUGAUAAGGAUUCUUUUCAUUCGUAGCACUUGAAUUCUCGACGACUUCGCCAACCGGACGAGAGCAGCACCAGAAUUUGCGGCCAUAAUUAACGCCGGGUUUCUUAACAUCAAGUUUUUUGCAUGGCUCCAUGUGUCCAGUGCACAAGGGCACUCGUGGCUUUGAGAAUGCUUUACGAAAUAACCGAAGUGAUUCGUUAUCCACAUUGCUGCUUAAUGUGCUACAUUUUACUUGUUCAUUUUCAGUAUAUGUGGAGCUUGAAAACGUGCUUUGACUUACGGCAUAACUUUCUUCCUCAUCUUGAAAAUUCUCUGUACUGACUUCUUCUUGGGUAUGUUCUGAUGAGGUCCUAAGAAGUGCAUUUUUAUCCGACGAAUCUUUCCGUGCUGAUGCUUCUUUUGGAGUCUUUAAAAACAUGCUUAAGAGCGUUUGGUUUUUGCUUUUCUUUGUGACCUUUUCAGUUGUUUGUGGUGUGUCUGAACUUCGUGUGCGCUUAUUAGACUCGUGUUGUUCGGAUUCAGAAGGUGAAUCUUCAGUUUUUGGGCUACUUUUUUUGGUAGCCGAGUUGUUCGUGGAAACUCGUUUAAACAUAUCGUGAAUGUUCUUAGAACGUCUGUACCGUUCACCUCUAAGAACAGAGAGCAAUGGAAACGUUUCGGAAUGCGAAAGUCUGUCGUAUAAUGUACAUCCAUCAACUGUCUCCUUAAAAUCAAGAAAAACAGGGCAAUGGUCGGAGCCCAUAAUUUCGGGCAUAAUGUUUGCAUCUUGCAUCCACGGUAGCAAAGCAGGUGAUAUGCAAAUGUAAUCGAUGCGUGUUCCUAAUUCAUAUGUUAGUUUCUAACCCAAACGGAUGUAUUCUUUCAAAAAAAAAAAAAAUCCAUACCAAAGUUUGUUGGUCGAGUAUUAAGUCUUGUAUUCCAGCAGGUAAACAUGCCCCGCCUUACAGGAUGUCGAUGGCGAGUUGUAUCGAUUAAUAAACCUUCCGGAUGUGGCUGCAACAUUCCACGAACCCAUUCACGAGACUCUCGAAUACUCUCAUCAAAUUGUUCUUUUUGAAUGUCCUUAUUGUCGGCGGUAUCGAGCUCAUCGCGCAAGAUGUUAAUAUCACCAAGAAGUAUCACAUUGCGUUUUGCUUCUUGAGUAAGUCGGAUAAUUCUGUCCCGAAGGGCAUUGUAAAAAAGGCGACGAAAUUUUAGACGUUUCUCGCCAGAAUUUACAGGGCAAUACACGCCAAUCAAGACAAACAAUUGAAAAUCAAGUAGUAUGCACCGACCCUCAGAAUCAAUGAGUCUUUCCGUAGCC